GACCAGACAAGGCUUAGAGACCAAGAAGAGCACUGCGUCCUGAGCAAGCCUGUGGGUAUGUUGAAUGAAAAAUGUGCUCAGAAAGAGGUUCCACCAGAGGUGGAGGAGAGAGGACACUGGGGGAGUAAGGUGGAGUUCCUCCUGGCCGUGGCUGGAAAUGUUGUCGGCCUCGGAAACGUGUGGAGGUUCCCUUACCUCUGCUACAAAAACGGAGGAGGUGCAUUCUUGGUGCCGUAUCUGGUUUUUGUGGUGACCUGUGGCGUACCCUUGUUCCUGCUGGAAACUACCAUGGGCCAGUACACCCAGGAGGGGGGCAUCACCUGCUGGAGGAAGCUGUGCCCACUAGCAGAAGGUAUAGGUUUUGGAGGGCAGCUGAUCCUCCUCUACAGCUGCAUGGCUUACAUCAUUAUCCUGUCCUGGGCUUUGUUCUACCUCAUCUUCUCCUUCAGUUCCCAGCUCCCAUGGGCCAGCUGUGACAACUACUGGAACACUGAGAACUGUGUGGACUUUACAACAACCAACAGCACCUUCAAGUGGACCAACGGGACCAAUUCAACCUCAGCGGCAACUGAAUUCUGGGAACACCGUGUCCUGGCUAUCUCAGGUGGGAUAGAGGAGCUGGGCAGCAUCAGGUGGGAGGUGAUGUUGUGCUUGAUUGCAAUGUGGAUCAUCUGCUACUUCUGCAUCUGGAAAGGAGUCAAGUCUACAGGAAAGGUGGUGUACUUCACUGCCACCUUUCCGUACAUCAUGUUGGUAAUCCUUUUGAUUCGAGGACUAUCUCUUCCCGGUGCUCUUGACGGAGUCGUGUUUUAUCUUCUGCCUGAUCCUUCACGACUAGCUGACCCUCAGGUGUGGAUGGAAGCCGGGGCGCAAAUUUUCUUCUCCUACAGUGUUGGUGUGGGCUCUCUGAUUGUCCUGGGCAGCUACAACAAACAAGACAACAACUGCUACAGGGACUGCCUGUGGCUUUGUUUCCUGAACAGUGGUACCAGUGUUGUGGCUGGGUUCGCAGUGUUCUCUGUGCUGGGAUUCAUGGCUCACGAGCAAGGCAUCCCCAUUGCAGAGGUGGCAGAGUCAGGUCCAGGCUUGGCGUUCAUCGCAUACCCUCAGGCAGUAGCCAUGAUGCCUCUGCCCCAACUCUGGUCCAUCUGCUUCUUUGUCAUGCUCAUCCUCUUGGGUCUGGACACACAAUUUGUUGCCAUGGAGGUGGUGAUGACGUCCAUUAUAGACACGUUUCCCAGGGUUAUGCGACGGGCAGGACGUCGGGAGAGCUUCCUCCUCCUGUUCUGUCUAAUUUGUUUCUUCUCUCAACUCAUCAUGGUCACUGAAGGAGGGAUGUUUGUCUUCCAGCUGUUUGACUACUAUGCAUGUAAUGGAGCCUGCAUCCUCUUCCUCUGCGUUUUUGAAACCCUCUCAAUGGGAUGGGUGUUUGGGGCAGAUCGGUUGUAUGGCAUCAUAAAGGAUAUGACUGGAGUGCAAGCCAAUCCAUUCUUCAGAAUAUGCUGGCUUUACCUCACACCACUGGUCUCACUGGGAACUUUCAUAUGUUCAUUAGUCGAGUACCAGCCUCUAACCUUUAAUCGCUGGUACACAUACCCAUCCUGGGCUUACGUCUUGGGCUGGCUGCUGGCCCUCUCCUCCAUCCUGCUUGUGCCAGGAUGGGCCUUUUAUAAGCUGGCUACUGGGAGUGGCACACCCAGGCAGCGCCUCCAGUACUUGUGCCAGCCUGCUGUUGACGACUCACCAACCCAAACGAGAGGAACCGAGCUGCAAAGCCUGGGUGCUGAAGUGCUGCAGCCUUUCAUGUCCAACUGACAGCAAACUAGAUGCAGAGACUAAUGUAGCUGGAGCUCGCUGUUUAGCAUUCAGCACUAAACUUAGAAACUUCAUAGUCAGGUGAAGAGAAAAAAGGCCAUCCUGUCUAUCUCCCCCUGCUGGGUGCUACAGACACAUCUGAAAUGUUUUUCUCAGCAUUACCUUGAAGAAUAAGCCAAGUUUUAAAACUUCUACCUUAACUUUGUUCAAAGUAAUUAAGAUUUAGGUUUUCUGCAUUUUUCAGGUCUGGUCUUUGUGAGAUCUGAUUCUGUUUAAUAAUAACAUUCCUGUCAGAUCUGUCAUCUGCUGUAGUUCCUUGAUGUUAAGAGCAACAAAUUCCCCGGAUUGUGUUUUAGUGUUCAGUUAUUUAUUUUUUCUCAUUUGUGACCCAGAUACAGGACUUAACAAUAACCUUCAAAAGCUGUGCAGAACUGAAUCUAAAUAUGGUUGCCUGCUGUUGUUGACUUGACACCUCUCAUGUCGGUACUCAGAUGUGUCCUCUUACAGAGAUACAUCAGGUUUCCUGAGGAAAUUUUCUGCCAAGAAGUUGUGAGCGGUUAACAUCUCACCUCCUGUGGCUAACUAGCUUGUAGCAUCUAUAUUUAGCAGCCAUUGAAGUGAAUUGUUAAAACUAGGCUGAAGCUAAUGGCUGUUCUGAGAGAGCGCAGGACCCGAGCUGAAUUCUACCAUCCCAAAAACAUCAGACGUUUAUGUGAACCCUGUUUUAUGAACCUUUAAACCAGGCCUACUUUUGCAUUGAGGGGUUAUUUAAACAGAAGCUGGUGGCAGUGCAGUACCAAGUCUUCCUGUGUGAAACCUCUGUGAGACAUCCUGAGAUCACAUUGUGUUAUAGGUUAGAGCGGUUUAAGUGGAUGCUACUGUGGGGACUUUCACACCACUUUGCAGAGCCUCGAAACACUUAACAAGUUCGGUUCUCAGGACAUGUUCCACACAGGAGAAUCACUAGUGGUCCACUGACUCCUACCUUUAUUUAAAGGGCUAAUAAAUCAGCAGGUUCUGCGUUAAUAACCAUCCAAUACAAACAUCAUCUGUUAAGCUUAUAGUCAUAAUAAUGGUACAAAUUAGCUUUGGUCUUCACCCCUCACAGACAACCUGUGUGUUUCAGCCUUCAGGACCAACUAAUCUGGAUUUUAACUAAACAAAGACACCAUGAUAGUCAUCAGCUGCAGGUACGGUAUUAACUGCUUCAAAUCUUUCAGCAGAAUCUCACUUAAAAAAUCCGGAAAUAUCCCUCUAAGGGAUUUCUGAAUCCAACAAUAUUAUUAUUAACAAUGAUAAUAAUUAUUAUUAACAAUAUAUUAUAUUAACAAUAAUAAAAAAGGGAUUUAAAAAAAGUCAAUAGUGAUUCAAUCUCUUUGUUUUUUUUUUAAAUAAAACAGAAUUAGUGCAAAAUUAAAUUCACACUUUAAUAACUGCCAAUCUUUGUAUCUACCAAUAAAUUACAUUUCUGAGAUAUUAGGGUCCACACAGCUUCUUUUUUUUCAGA